UCGAGGGUUACGAUCGUGCCCUUCCACCUUGGGAACCAGACGUUGAAGCUGAUGAAGACUGGUUGCUUCUGUCUAAGAAUCAGGAUUUUGACCCCGAGAUUGAUCCCACAUUACAAGCUUUCGUCAAACGUGCUCAGUCACGGCAACAACCCUUGACCCAAGCCAAAGAAGAGAAGAUUCGGCAACUCUAGACAUAGAAGAAAAGGCCACCCUUACCACGGCUAUCGACGAGAUCAAAGCGGUUACUUUAGGAACUAACGCGGAGGUUGACGAGCAAUCUAAGAGGAUCGAGAUGGCCGAGUUACGGUCCAAACUCUUCCUUCGACUUGGGAUGGAACGAGUCGCACUUAACUUGGAUUACGUUGGGCGUGAGCUCAUCUUCAGAGGAGAUCUUCAAUGUGCUGGGCAUUCCACAUGGCUGGAAACACACGCAAUACUUUUUGACCAUUAUCUUGUCCUUGCAAAGACCGUCACGCAACGAGAAAUUAUAGCUAAUGAGGGAGAGAAGGAGGUAUACGACGUUUCCACACUUCCAAUCCCCAUCCAGCUUCUUGUCCUUGAGAGUACCGACGAUGAUCCAGUCAUUAAGUCUUCAGUCAAAAGUGUUGGCGCAGUCACUACUGGAAAAAAGACCACCGCAAAUACCCAGAAUUCAAGGCUCAAUCAAACCGCGACACAUGACCUUGAACGGCAGAACACCCUGGAGUAUGCACAAUCAAACAACUCAGUGUCGAUCAUACCGUCUGUUAGAGAAUCGGGCUCAGCGCCUUCAAAUGACGCCGAUGCUAUGCUUAUGUAUCCGUUUCGGCUCAAGCACCUUGGAAAUCAAAACGUAUACACCUUAUGUGCUCGUUCUGCACAAAAUCGGCAAGAUUGGUGUGAUAAGAUCCUCGAGGCUAAGACUCGCUAUACUACAUCUCUCUUAAAAGAGGAUAGUGAACCCUUCCGACUCCGGGUCAUGGCUGAUAGUGCAUUUGCAUAUGAGGGGAUGUCUGCGUCACAACGUAGUGUGGUCUCAGUCAAGGACACACCUUUGGACCGAGCUAUCCGAGAGAUAGAACAAAUAUGUGGAGCUAGCCUUCGACCACCGGUAUGCAGAGCAGAAAUCAAUUGUGCUGCAACGUUCAAUUGCUAUGGAAAGCCGAUGGUAGUGAUUGGCACUGACUAUGGAAUCUAUAUCUCCGAGGCAAACGAUCCUCGAAGCUGGACAAGAUCUAUUCAAAUAAGCCGUGUUACGCAAAUAGGGAUUCUAGAACAGUUCUCUAUUUGCCUUAUUAUCGCCGACAAAUCUCUCGUAGCCUACCACCUGGAUACUAUUAUUCCAGGCUUUGAUUUUCCUGCUUCGAAUAUCGAUUCCAACCCUCCUUUACCGCAGAAACUUUCUGGAAAUCGAGAUGUUUCCUUCUUCGCCACUGGCCAUAUGAAGGAAAGAACCUUAGUCUUCUAUAAGGAGCGAGACGGUCUACACUCUACAUUUAAGGUUCUCGAACCCGUCCUCCGAAAAUCAUCCGAGAAAUCCCGUAAUAUUUUCGGUAGGAAGUUCGGUAUAGUGACAACAGAAUUCUUUAGAGAAUUUGACAAGUUCUAUAUCCCAACUGAAUGUUUCACGAUCAAUCUGUUUAGCGUAUAUAUAGCGAUUAGUACCAAGGCAGGCUUUGAGCUUCUUACCCUAGCUAAGAAAGUUCCAAUGAGGAUUCCCGAUCUGAAAAAUCCUGAUCUCACGAACAUCGCAGCACGCCUCGCCAACCAGAAGCCACUUGGCAUGUUCCGGCUCUCGAGUUCUGAAUUCUUGCUAUGCUAUGAAGAAAAUAGUGUGUACGUGGACAAACACGGUGAAGUCUCAAGGUCUGUCGUGAUGGAGUAUGUGGGUAAGGCGAAGACGGCUGCGUUGUACGGAGUAUACCUUGUGCUUUUUCACAGUGACUUCGUGGAAGUAAGGAAUGCGGAGAAUGGCAGAUUGAGACAGGUGAUUACUGGUAGGGACGUUAGGUCUUUGGACUUUGGCACUAAUCUCCUUGGUGUUGGUAUGGCUACGAAUCAUUUGAAUCCACCUGGCAACAGUGCACAGAGAACUCUGAAGUUGGCUAUGGCUCAUCCGGAGGUUGCGGGAAGGCGGAUUGUGUUGGAGAUGAUUCUUAAUGAGGGGCAUUAGGAGGAAGCAUCUGGACAAAAUGCUGGAGUCUAGUCACUUUCGUCGCCAAGGCUUCUAAUGGAAGUGCG